CCAGAGCUGUUUCUCGAGUCGUCGUUAGGGCUGCCGCUGUGGCCUGCUAGCGUAGUUCGAGCCAACGCUGUAUUCCUGUCCUGGCACAAGUUGUCGGAUGCUUCUGUUGCGGCGCUAGCCUAAGCUCUCGCGCUGAAGUCGUUGCUGCGCUUUAGCAUCACCAACCCCUAUCGUCGCUUCUACCACUCACCUCUUGCAGGCGACUUACCGCCGAAGCGACCUGCAGUGCGCUCCGUCCGCAUAGCAGCCGAAGCAGUGGUUGUGAGAAACGGGAACUACUUGACAUUUGAGUCGACUCAAACUUUUGACAGGGUGCUUUUUGGAAUUCUCAGAACCACCUUCCAUUCUCGUUGCAGCCGAAGCAGUAGCCGAGAGAAAGCGGAACGACUUGAAAGGGGGACGCCGUUAAGGCGUGCUGAGCGCAUUACCAUCUUGACCCGCCAAGUAUCCGGGCGAAACGGCUUCAAGUAACAGCGACUGGGGACAGCAGAGAAAUACCUCACCUCCUCUCGCCUCCUCUCACCCCCUCGCGCCUCCUCUCGCCUCCUCUCGCCACCUCUUACCUCCUCUCUCCACUCACCCCUUCACACCUCCUCUCACCUCCUCACACCUCUUCUCACUUCCUUGCACCUCUUCUCACUUUCUUGCACCUCUUCUCACUUCCUUGCACCUCUUCUCACUUUCUUGCACCUCUUCUCACUUCCUUGCACCUCUUCUCACUUCCUUGCACCUCCACUCACCUCCUCACACCUCUUCUCACCUCCUCUCACCUUGUCUCACUUCCUUGCACCUCCUCUCACCUCUUCUCACCUCCUUGCACCUCCUCUCAGCUCGCAAUGAAGGAGUGGUAUACCAAGGCACCUCCAGCGAGCCGACCAGCGGCGGAUGGAGAAGCCGAAGAAGCCGGAGAAUCCGGAGCAGGGCGGCGGGUGCUGAUGUGGCGGGAUAAGGCCGUGUACCAAGUGCUCUGGAAGUACGGGAUGCACGCGAUUGGCCCACUGCAAGCCGUGCUGGACAAGAUCGACCUCAGGAUCACCCAUAACAGAGUCAUUCAACCCAAAAAGGAUUUUGACCAAUACCCGGCCAGCAUUCACCGUGCUCUCAAGCGUCUCAUGGAGUACCGCCAGAGCCUGCCGCCCAGACCGGGCAAGGCGGGCGGCAGUGGAGGUCCGGGGUGUUGGAAGCGCAGGAGGAUGCAGGGGAAGUGGCCGCGGCGGUUCAAAGAAACCUGCUUCUUCCUGGAUGCCGCCGGCGUGCCCUGCCCCGCUGGCUGGCAGCUGCAGGUCGAGGCAGCAGCUGCUGCUGCGGCUGCGACUGGUGGUGGUGGUGGUGGUGGUGGUGGGUGUGUGAAUUUGAGGGCUUUUAAGGGCGUGAUGAAGUCUCAAUCUGCUGCUGCUGCUGCCACCGCUGCUGGAUUGAGCGUGUUCCGUGUUGCCAAUGGCGGUGGGUUGAAGAUCUCAGCGACCCUGCUGCAGCUGGCUGGUUCGGACUCAAAGGCGGCUCAGAAUGAAGCACGGGCACGUGCAGGCUAUGCUGGUUUGAACCCGCCCAGGGUUCCCUCUUCUGAUCCUAACACCCGUCCAGGGGGCCGGCCCCGAAAGGACCUUGCUGCCAAUGCCGCCUCUGGUGACCCCACCGCCUCCAAAGCUCCUGCAGCCGCUCCCACCGCACACCUCCCUAGGCAGGGGCUGCGUGGUAUGAAGAGGAAGGCAGAGGGUGCGAGAGAGGAGGUGAGGAGAGGCAGGAGAAGGGGAGGGAGUGAGGAGGAAGAGCAAGGGGAGGAGGAAGAGCAAUUGGAGCCAGGAGUGGGUGGGGAUGGGCGUGAUGAUAGUGAGGGGGAGGUCGUGGACGAGGGUGGUUGUGGGAAAGAGAGGGGCGGGAAAGGGAAAGGGGGGGGCGGAAGAGGGAACGAGGGGGGCGGGAAAGGGAAAGAGACAGGCUCAAAAGCAAAAGAGGGGGGUGCAGAGAGCAAGGUGGAGCCGUGGUACUGCAAGACGAAGGCAGUGAGCAGGACGAGGACGACGGUGAAUCUGGCAGUGAAGGCAACAAAGGAGAAGCUGUGUGAAAUAGGGGAGCGUGCAGAGGAGGCGGAUAGGCAGAUGGUGGAGGCGAGGAGGGCGCUGGUGGAGAAGUACUGGGGGAUUCUCAAAGCAGAGCUGAAGAAGGGCGAGCAGGAGGAGAGGCGCGUGCUGGCUGAGGUCGCUGCCAGGGGCGAGGCUAGGCUGGCCCGCAGGGUUGCAUGUCUCAAUCGGUUGAUGGAUGAUCGACUGGGAGUAAAGCACAUGUAGCUUUGUGGCCUGUUGUCUGGAUGAUUCUGAAUGCAGUGGUUGAGAUUGGGGGUGGGGGGGGGUGGGGGGGGGAAUGCGGGGGGGGGAGAGAAGAGAGGGGUGCUGGCAAAGGUGGCUGAGACUGCGAGGGUUGAUUGAGGCCAAGCUGGCCCUGAGGGUUGCUUUGCAUGUCUCAAUCUUCGAGGCGUCUCAAAAGUUGAAUGCUUUGGGAGUAGAGCACUUAGCUUAGUGACCUGUUGCAGUGAAGUCUGGUCGCUGCUGCUCGAUUGUGUGUUCAAAUAUUGUAGUAGCGAACAAGAUGUGGAGUGAGUAGGUGAGUUUCUUUGCUGGGCUGAAGGCGAACCGAAGCAGACAAGACGCAGGUGGAGCGGGCAAGGAAGAAGGUGAGGCGGGGAGGAGUGCUCAACCAGCUGAGAGGACGAGACAAGCGAGUGAGAUGACAUAACAGAGGGGAGCAACAGGAAACUGAGGUAGAAUGCAGUAUUGAGGCAUCGGCGGAUCAAGCGGGGGCAACGGAGCAGCGGUUUGAAAUAGGGAAGCGGAUUAGCAGUUACCAAGUGAAUGAUGAGGGGGGGAAAGAGACUGCUGCUGUGACACACCAACUUGGCACAUUGUGUGUCAACCAGCACAGCAAAGCAAGUGCAUGUUUUACCAUACU